AUGGCGCCUAAAAUCGCAAUUGUUUUCUAUUCCAUGUAUGGACACAUCCAGAAGCUUGCUGAAGCUGAAAAGCGAGGUAUUGAGGCCGCCGGCGGUACCGCUCAACUAUACCAAAUCCAAGAAACCCUCUCAGAUGAAGUCCUGGCCAAGAUGCAUGCCCCUGCCAAAUCCCAAUACCCCAUCGCCACACCUGAAGCCCUCUUGGAAUACGAUGCUCUUUUAUUCGGCAUUCCCACUCGUUACGGGAACUUCCCCGCUCAAUGGAAGGCCUUUUGGGAUCGGACCGGUGCUAUCUGGGCCAAGGGUGGUUACUGGGGUAAAUACGUCGGCACCUUCGUUUCUACCGGAACGCCCGGAGGUGGCCAAGAGUCCACCGUCAUCUCCGCGAUGAGCACCUUUGUUCACCACGGAAUGAUCUUCGUCCCACUUGGGUACAAGACUGCCUUCCCCCUUCUCUCCAACCUUUCAGAAGCUCGAGGUGGCAGCCCCUGGGGUGCCGGGACUUUUGCUGCUGGAGAUGGCUCUCGACAACCUUCUGCGAUGGAAAUCGAACUUGCAGAAAUCCAAGGCGCAGCAUUCUAUGAAACUGUUGCCAAGGUCAACUUCGCAUAA